AUGGAUGCCGCUUCUCCAUGUAAAAAGCUUCUACGUUGUCUAACGUUGCUGUUGCUUGUUGCGGGUACAUUAGUACCAGCUGCAGACCCCGUAAAGCAAGAAAACGACUUGGUUUUUGAGGAAAUAGUCGACAGAAUCAAGAGAGGGGCCCACUAUUUCACCGAAUGUACCAUCGACCAGCUGUCGACUUUCUGCACCUUAGACACCGCUCUUAACUUCGAAUGUUUCCGUACCAUAGGGAAAUGUAUACCAGGAGUUCUGCGCAAAGCACUAAUGAAAGAGGACGACGAUGACCAGGAAGACGAGGAUACAGUAAGUCAGGCAUCGGACGAACUAUAA